GCCAAUGCAGUGGAAAGUGAGUCUGAGGAGGAGGAGGAGAGUGAAAAGAACCUUUGGCAACCACAGAGAUCUCUCUUCAAGGAUGACAUGGGCAAUGUGGAGGAAGUGGCUGUAGCUUUGGGAUGGACAAAGCAGUUUCAGCAAAAGAAAAGGCCUGGCCAGAUGGACCCUGAAGUGAACUUGAGCCAGCUCCCACCCUACUCAGCUACCAAACUGAUGGAUGGCAGCAUCAAUGUGUCCAACAAGGACAAGAGCACUGUCCUAAUGCUUGGGCCUCCUUUGUCACCUGCAACAUUCAUCUACAGGGACCAGGUGUACCACAUGUGCAUGCCAGCAGAAUGUGCUGUGCUUUGUGACAGUCAGCCCUGGGCACAAAAGUACAUUGAAAGUUCCACCAGCAUGCCACCUCCUCCAGUUGCUCUUCCCCAAGUUCCAUCAGCACCUCCACAGUCUGAUGCUGGAAGCAUGUCUUCCUAUGAUACCAGUGCAGCUUAUUUGCAGCUACUGGGCAGUGGCUUGGCAAGAGCUGGGGCUGGGUGGUGGCAGCCAGGUUUCCUUGGGCACAAGGAGUUGCAAGCACAGCAGCCACCAGCAAGAGAACUGAGCCAGGCACAGGCAGCAAAGCCUGAAUCCACUGGAGCAAACACACAGCAAGGCCAGCAGGCACAGGCAGCACAGCCUGAAUCCACUGGAGCAAACACACAGCAAGGCAAGCAGGCACAGGCAGCACAGCCUGAAUCCACUGGAGCAAACACACAGCAAGGCCAGCAGGCACAGGCAGCACAGCCUGAAUCCACUGAAGCAAACACACAGCAAGGCCAGCAGGCAGCACAGCCUGAACCCACUGGAGCAAACACACAUCAAGACCAGGCACAGGCAGCAAAGCCUGAAUCCACUGGAGCAAACACACAGCAAGGCCAGCAGGCACAGGCAGCACAGCCUGAAUCCACUGGAGCAAACACACAGCAAGGCCAGCAGGCACAGGCAGCACAGCCUGGAGCACAGCAGCAAACACCACAGGCAGCCAGCUCAGAACAGCAGCUGCAAGUUGGUGACUUGGAUUAUGUGCUGCAUUGGGCAGGUAACAUCAUCAAUGAUGUAGCUGUCCAGGAGGCUUUGGCCAAAAGGAAAGCUGCAGCCCAGGGCAAUGCCAGACCAGGAACCAAGGUGUAUGUCUACUGGGCAUCCCUAUGGGAAGGGCAGUGGCAAGUGGCAGCUAUACAUGCCUAUGCCCAGGGUCAAAGUGAAGGUCAUGUCCUGGACCAGAAUGAGCAGAAGUGGGACCUGGAGGGGGUGAUGAGGCAGGUUGUUGCUGGCACCACCACCAUUGAGGAGGAUCAGUUGGGAAUGGGCAUCAGCUGGGAAAUGUUGACCAGGGUGAAAAACCUGGAGGGGAAGCCCAUCAACAAAGUGAUUGUGCACCAAGCACUUGUCAAGAAGCUCAAGGAACAGGAAUGGACCAUUGCCAAGAUGGAGUUGCUGGACACGAGGAAACAGAUGAGGGAUGCUGCCAAUAAUUUGGGUCAGGCAAGAUGCUGCUUGCUGUUCGAAGCCCAAUUUGGCUUCAAUGCGCAGCACCUUGGCAGCAAUGGUUGGGGCCAGUGGUGCACUGGCAGUUCCUCAAUUGGCCUUUCAGACUCAGGCUUAGAAAAGUUUCACUUACCAUACAAGGUUGCCACUGUCCAAGAAGGAUUCAACCAGAGAGCUUACUGGGACCAAGAUGCCCAGGGUGAGCCAGAAUGGCUUUGGGGCAGGGCCCAUGACUACAUGAAAAUCCAGUUGGCACCCAGUAAGUUUUUGCUGAACAACAAAGACACUUUUGCCAGUGAAUUUGAGGCAUGUGAAGUUCCAGCCCAAGAAUUUCAUUUCAGGAAAAAAGCUGAAAAAGAUGAUAGAAAAAAGAACAACAGGUGGGUGGAACAUACCAUGGAAAGCAGGGGUUUCUUCAUUGCACUGAUGUGGUGCAUGAAGAACAGGGCUUUAGCACUGGAGUCAAAGAAGAAGGCUUUGGCUUUGUUGAAAGGCUUGAUUGCCAGCAGCUUGGCUUUUGCUGCAGCGGCAGGCCCUGUGGCUAUGUCCUUGUCUGUGCCUGAUGAGGGUGGCUUGAUCCACCAGGCACUUUUGACUUUCAGUGGUCAAGGGAUCACACAUGAGUGGGCAGGGGUUGUGUCCAAGUAUGGGCCUGCCACUGCACUAUGGCACAAGCUGCAUAAAGCCAAUUGGCUGGGCUCCUGCCUGUGCAGCAGCUUGGGGGCAACAACCAUGGGUGACAUCAUUUUCUUCCUUUGCUAUAUCAGUGCCCAUCCCUUGCUCAAAGUGUCUGGCCAAAAUGUGCUGCAAGGCUUUGGGAGACUGGCCUUGAAGGGCUUCAUUUGGCAAACAGGAGUGUGGCUGGCUGAUUAUGCCAGGCACCUGUGUACACUCAACAUCCAGUCACUUCCAUUGAUGAGGUCCAAGUCUGGCAACAUCAGGAAAACCCUUGAUCCUGUGAACAGAAUGAUUUUGCUCCACAAAUUGAGGAAAGAAAAAGUGCACAGAAUGAGGGUGGCAUCCACCCAUGGGGAACUUGUGCCAGAGCAGUCUGCCAUGAUGAAAUAUGAGAGUUACAUUGAGUGUGCCUUGUACCAGAAAUCCAUGCAAGAGACCUUUGGGGGCCAGAAACAGGUCAGUGUGGCCUGGGACCCAAGCAAUUAUGGUGGAAAGGAUGUGCUGGUUUCAAUCAUCUACUCUUCUUCUUUGCGCAGAGCUGGCUAUCUGAUGAACCAGCAGUUGACCAAGGUUAGGGUUGGGGAUGUCCAUGAAAGUCUUCUUCCUCUUGUCAAGCAAAGGAAGUUGACAAGAAUAGAAGGAUACAAUGAGCUGAGGGGCCUGUCCCACAGCUUGUCCCUCAUUGGCUUAACCUUGAUGGACUUUGCAGUGCCAGAAGGAUUGAUUCUGAGGCCACUGCUGAAGCAAGAGCUGCUCCUACCUCAGCCAAAUGGAAGGCCCUUGGUCCACAACACUGUGACUCAGCUCACUUACCCAAUGGUGCCUCCAGCACUGCAGCUCAGCCAGCUACCUUUGCUUGUAUCCAUAAGUGACCAAGGUGGCUGGUUUGCAAAGAAGAAAAGUUGCCUGGAAGAAUUUCUGCUCCAGAACAACUCUGACUCCUAUUGUUUUGCCAACUAUGCUUCUGUGAUUGCCAGAGAAAGACGAAUCAGGGAACCUCAGCAUGAACAAGACUGUGAGGCCUUGUUUGAAACAUUGAAGCACCUUCAGAACUUCAAUACCAAAGGCCCUUUAGUGAAGCUCAUGCGCUGGUUUAGCUGGUUCGAGACAGCAUGCUGGUGGGAGGGAGAAUAUUUUGCUACAAGAAUGAUUUUGGAAGAAAUGGGAGCAAAAACUGAAGGAAAAGAAGAAGCAGCAGAACUUCCAAAUGAAGAAGACCCCCAGAAAGAGUUGAGGGAAUUGAAGAAAAAACAAGGGACUUGGAAGCUUGCCCCUCAAAUGGUGACCAACACCACAAUGUGUGUCAAAGACAUUGUGCUCACAGUGGGCAAAGCUGCCUGGAAGCAUCAUGCUGCCAGGGCCAGGGAAGUGACCAGUGCUGUUGAUGUGCUCCACUUCAAUAUCCAAGCUGCUGGUCACAAGGGUUGGGCUGAAGAGCUUGUUUCCAUGGUACAUGACAGCCUAUGGAACCAGGAGCUCUUGCUGCACUUGCAGGAGGACUACUGCUUGCAUGAGCAAGCUUUGGAGUGGCACAUGGACUUCUUUGACAAACUCCUGGAAACCAGGUCCAUGAGCCUCACUUCCUUCCACACACUGCCACCCAACAGGUACCACCAUUCUCUGUCCAGAGAAAGGGUGGUUGCACAAGCAGCCCAUGAUAUGGCCAUGCAGGACUUCCAGGCUUUGCUUACUGCAGAGGAGGCUGAUGUGGAAAGCCCCAAUCUGAAAGUUGAAGCUUUGGCUUUGAUGGCUUGGACCAAGAACCCUGUUUGCAGAGCCCUCUACCUGUCCUACCUGGAAGAUGAUUGCCAAGCAGCAGGCCCAGCUUUGCAAAGGGUCAUGGCUGAAACAUUGGGUGAUUCCAAGAUGGUGGAGAAUGCCCACCAAUUUGGAAAAGACUUGCUCAGAAGCUCCAGGCACAAGACCUUUGGGAAUGUCAGGAUCUGGUCCAAUACAUUGAACAGCCAAGCUUUGGAAAGGAGAGGCAGCCCUGUGGUCACUUUUCACAAAUUUGAAAAGGCUACUGGCCCUUUGCCACCACAGGAUGAAAGAGUCCACCUUGCCAAAUCUUUGAAAGCUACCCAGCACCACUUGCCCAAAGCCAUCCAGAACCUCAUGGUGCCCAUAAGUGGCAAAAACCGAUGGCCAAGCCCAAAUCCAGCUAGUUUGUUUGCUUCUGUGGCUGCCACUGAGUGGGUCUUCAAAUUUUUUGGAGAAGGUAGAGAAGUGGACCCAGGGACAACUGCAAAUGAUGCCUGGCUUUCCAUUUUGGCACAGCCUGGCCACUUCCUGGUGCAACAAUCCCAGCACACAUUAUGGAAAGUCAUGGCAAGGGCAGAGUAUGGCUUCCUUGCCUGGCAGGCUCACAUUGAAGUCAGUGAUGGGCAAAGAAUUUAUCUGCUGGAAGCAAACCCCAGCUGCAUACAGUGGAGGCACAUUGUGGACCUCAGUGAUUGGCUGCAGGUUCCUGUCAAGCCCACUAUGAUGUAUGAGAAUGUGGGACCUUUGGGUUGGGUGGCAUCUGGCAACCCCUUGCCAUUGGAUGUGGCAGUGGUGCAAGCUGCCAUCUCUUUGACUGUCAAGCAGAUGAGGUCACUGCUCAAGCUGUACAAUGUGAAAGUGGCUGGCAAUGCAUCCAGAGCAACUGUAGAGAAGAUGCUUGUGGAGACAGUGCUGCAAGAUGAGGCAAUGAGGCAAGAAGCUUUCAAAAAAUUCAAGGCAAAGACCAAAACCAAGGAUGAUGAUGAUGACUUGGACUCUGAGCUGAGUGAGGUCAUCUCUGAGCUUGCACAGGAUGAGUUCAAUCAGCAGGACUUGAAGGAGUACAAGCAGAAGAAGAAGGUGACCAGGUUGAAAAGGAAGUUGUCUUCCAAAGAACCCCUGGAGGACAAGAAACCCAAGAGGAGGGCAAAGGCAAAGGCCAAAGCAGCAGCAUCCAACAAAAGAAAGGCACCAUCCUAUUUCAUCCAUGGUGUCUUGAAAAGGAGGAAGCAGAGGGCAGGGGCAGAUGAAUUGGUUGAUGCCACCAAAGAGGCUUUGGCUGACAAGAAUGCUGUGGUGGAAGCAGGCAAUGUUGAGGCAAUGAGCAGCACCCCUGCAAAACAUGAAGUGGAGGCACCACUGGCACCAGAGGGGUCAGGGCCUGCAAGCAGCAGUGGCAGCAAAGGACCUGCACCUGCUGAACCUGCAAGCUUGGUAAUGUAUGACAAGGCCUUGACCAAGACACCUACCACCAAAAAAGCUUCCACCCCAGUACCUGGGCAGAAGAAGGAAAGAGAGCCAAAAAGGAAAUCACCUGAGGAAGUGCUGUCCCUGAUGACACCACCAAGGUGUCAAAUUGGCAUCUCCUUCACUGACCACCGCUUCACCUCCAAAAUGGCUUUUGAGUCAAAGGAAUUCACUGGAAGGAUGAAGCAACAGACCUUCACAGUAUCAUUUGCUCAAAGGCUAUCCUGGGACCAAGCACUCAAAAGAGUGCAUGAAUACAAUUGGAGAAAGUGGCACAUGGUGAAGGAACAGUUGCCAUUGCCAGCAGGCCAGGAACCACAACCCCCUGGAGAAGUGCCUCAGCAUGUGAUGGAACAGCUGAAACCCACCAUUGAUGCUUUGCCACCAUUGCAGAAGGACAAGAGCAAGGCUAAGCCUUAG